UCGCGGCCCCGCGGAGGCUCGCUGGCCGUGGCCGCUGGGAGCAGGCCGGGCGCCUCCUCGCUGACGGGGCUCCCCAGAACGGGCGGAGGCGGGGCCGCGGGCUGAGCUGCCGCAGUGUCUGGACCCGCGGUGCGGCAGGUGCCGGCAGCCGGGGACCCAGCUGCAUCAAGAUCUCAUUAUGCAUCAGAAAAAUGAGAAAGCAGAAGAAAAUUCUAUGGAGGAAAGGAAUCCAUUUAGCCUUUUCUGAGAAAUGGAAUACAGGGUUUGGAGGUUUUAAGAAGUUCUGCUUUCACCAACAUUUGUGCAUUCUGAAAGCCAAAUUGGGAAGGCCAAUUACUUGCAGCAGACAGUUGAGGCAUUUUCAGUGCAGAAAGAAGGCCCUUCAAAUCCAGAACACGUGGAUCCAGGAUGCACCUUUUUUUGCUAAGACAAAGUCCAGUGUGGCUGCUCAAAAUGUUAGUACUUUGUCCACUAAAGUGAAAAGGAAAAACUCUAAACACUUCAUUUCGUCCUCAAGGACCCUCCUGAGACUCCAAGCAGAGAGGCUGCUGCCAUCAGCAAAGAACUCUGACCAUGAAUACUGUGGAGAGAAAAGUAUCUUGAAGGCUGUUGCUGACUUACCAGCAAAUAAUGUUUUAGGUCAGGCCAAUGGUCACCGACCUAGGACGGAGCCACAAGCUUCUGACUUUCCUAUGAAGUUCAAUGGGGAGAGCCAAAGUCCAGGUGAGAGUGGCACAAUUGUGGUCACCUUGAGCAACCAUAAGAGAAAGCGCUUUUGUUAUGGCUGCUACCAAGGUCUGGAGCACCACAGGAAUGGGGGACCCCUAAUUCCAAAAAAGUUUCAACUUAACCAACAUAGAAGAAUAAAAGUAUCUCCUUUUAUGAUGUAUGAGAAAUUAUCCAUGAUUAGAUUUCGGUACAGGAUUCUCAGAUCCCAGCACUUCAGAACAAAAAGCAAAGUUUGCAAGCUAAAAAAAGCCCAGCGAAGCUGGGUGCAGGUCACUGGGGACCAUCAAGAGACCCUUAGGGAAAACGGUGAGGGUGGCAAUUGCAGCCCAUUCCCUUCCCCAGAACCUAAAGACCCUUCUUGUCAGCAUCAACCGUACUUUCCAGAUAUGGACAGCAAUGCUGUGGUGAAGGGAAAGAACUCUCAUUUGCCUGAUGGCCACACUAAAGGAAGCCCUUUCUUGGGCAAGGAGCUUAGUUUAGAUGAAACCUUCCCUGACCAACAGAAUGGCAGUGCCACAUAUACCUGGGACCACUCCCCCUGUUCCUCUCCUAAGUGGGAGUGUACAGAGCUGAUUCAUGACAUCCCCUUACCAGAACAUCAUUCUAGUAACGUGUUUAUCUCGGAAACCGAAAGAGAAGUCAUGACUCUGGGUCAGGAAAAUCGGACAAGUACUGUCAGUGAUGACAGAGUAAAACUGUCAGUGUGUGGGGCAGAUCAAUCUGUGAGUAGUGUAGAUGGGCCUGUGUCUGAAAAGACUGUUCAGAAUGAGAGCUCAUGCCAGAUGGAUGAGGAUGGAUCUCUCAAGCAGAACAUUCUUAGUUCUAAGUUGCUGGACCACCCUUACUGUAAAAGUCCACUGGAGGCUCCUCUGACAUGCAGUGGACUCAAACUAGAAAAUCAAGCAGGAAGUGGGAAGAACAGUCAGAAAGCCUCUCCAGUGGAUGAUGAGCAGCUAUCAAUCUGCCUUUCUGGAUUCCUAGAUGAGGUUAUGAAGAAGUAUGGCAGUUUGGUCCCACUCAGUGAAAAAGAUGUCCUUGGAAGACUAAAAGAUGUCUUUAACGAAGACUUUUCUAAUAGAAAACCAUUUAUCAAUAGAGAAAUAACAAACUAUCGGGCCAGACAUCAAAAAUGCAACUUCCGCAUCUUCUACAACAAGCACAUGCUGGAUAUGGAUGAUCUGGCAACUCUGGAUGGUCAGAAUUGGUUGAAUGACCAGGUCAUUAAUAUGUAUGGUGAGCUGAUAAUGGAUGCAGUCCCAGACAAAGUUCACUUCUUCAACAGCUUUUUUCACAGACAGCUGGUAACCAAAGGAUAUAAUGGAGUAAAAAGAUGGACUAAAAAGGUGGAUUUGUUUAAAAAGAGUCUUCUGUUGAUUCCUAUUCACCUGGAAGUCCACUGGUCUCUCAUUACUGUGACGCUCUCUAAUCGAAUUAUUUCAUUCUAUGAUUCCCAAGGCAUUCAUUUUAAGUUUUGUGUAGAGAAUAUAAGAAAGUAUUUGCUGACUGAAGCCAGAGAAAAAAAUAGACCUGAAUUUCUUCAGGGUUGGCAGACUGCUGUUACAAAGUGUAUUCCACAACAGAAAAAUGACAGUGACUGUGGAGUCUUUGUGCUCCAGUACUGCAAGUGCCUCGCCUUAGAGCAGCCUUUCCAGUUUUCCCAAGAGGACAUGCCCCGAGUGCGGAAGAGGAUUUACAAGGAGCUGUGUGAGUGCCGGCUCAUGGACUGAAACUCAGCAGGGACUCUGGGAGGUCUGACCAAGUUGAAGCAGAUGGUUUGUUACUUGAAUCUCCAAACACUUAUUUGAAUUUUUACAGAUAUUUCAGAUCAGUGGUGUUGGGCCACUAUUGUUACCUCAAAUUUGUUUUUUUGCCCUAUUCAUUUCUCUAGCUACCGUGUACUAUUUUUUAAUGUUCAGUUUGGUUUCAUUUUUAAUUUUAUGGAUUCUGUGUUUCCCCCCAUAUUUAAUAUUUAUUAUCCAAACGCAUGCAUAUAGACAGAGCAUGCAGUGCAGAGUAUUAAAAAACAAAAACAAAAAAACAAAAAAAAAGCCUAGUAGAUUUGGUGCGGCUUUUGAAACUUAGUUAGACAUGAACUGAAUACAGGUUUAAAAUUUAAUCCCAGAACCUAAAAGUGCAGAAUGUUUUCAAUACAAUAUAACUCUGAGAAUGAUAGUUGUUCCCUGGGGCAUAAAGGGUAGCUAGGAGUGGUGGUUUUGACAAAGCCAGUCCUGUUUUACCUGCUGCACCUUUCACUGACUUCCCUCUCCAAGUGAGUCUUGCAGAAUGAGUUGCAUUCCUUUUGAGGGGUGAGAAGAUAGUGGUCAAAACUUGACUACUGUGUUCCAUUUAUAGAGGGCACACUUAUAAGCGCAGUGCCUACUUUGAGAGGAGUUAAGGUGUGAGAAAAAGACAACUUUGGGGCUAGUUAUAUGAACACAUGAGAAACUUUGAUCAUCUUACAAAAGGCUUUUGCUGGAACACUGAAUUCUCUGGAUUUUUUGGCUUUGGCCCAUUAAAAACAUUAAUAUCCAUCAAGCUAGUGGUCGAACAUCUGAGAAUUCAGCCUUCCUAAGAAUAAUUUACAGGUUGUCACUACCGUCGUGUGGCCUCCCCUUGGAAGAAAUUAAGAUUUGCCAAACACCUAUUUUCCCCCCAAGGGUGUUUAAAAUAUAAAUUUUCAAACCUGAAGACUGACCAGGUCUUUUGCAGAUGGGUGGGGGAGGAGAGAAGAGGAAGAGUAACAAGACUUGACAGCAUAGGAGCACACAGCAGAUGUUAUUCGAGGUUUUUUGCUCUUACCUCUAGUGAUCUCGGCAGCAUGUGGGGCUCCUCAUUUGGCCUCUCCUGCCCAGCCCUCAGACUCCAGUGCUGGAGUCCUUUUUUCACUUCUGUCAACCUCAUCUUCUGGGGUAAAGCAGAAGUGACCCUGUCCUGAUGCUUUUAGCUGCAUUAGGACUGAAGUAAUGGACCUUGCAUCUUUAUUCUAGCCUUUUGUGAUAUUUGAAAAGAAAGGAAAUGAGGAAGGAUGCAUAUUAAAUUACCCAAUUAUCUUUUCUGAACCGAGGUAGAAAAAAGUACAAAGGUGUAUGUAAGAAUCUCACGACGCUUACACAGAAUACCCAGUAAAUGACAACAUACUUAGACGUAUGCCUGGUUAGGUGUGGGGUAUUGAAAAUAAAAAGCUAAACGUGCAGUUUAAUUUGGCCAUAAGGUAAGGUUGCCAGUGGUUGAGGGUAGAGUCAGAACAUGUUUACACGCAGGGUUCCCAUCCCCAGACAUUCCAAGCACCCAUACCAGUGUUUACAUGUAGAAAGCCCCAGCACUCUCCAGAGUCUUCUGGACUUACUGUAAAGCCAGGUCAGUAUUUCCUACUGUGCUUCAAGUCACUAAAAGGCCUGAGAUCAGAGGCACUGUAUGCUGCUACAGUUAGGGUUGUGUCAGCAUUAUGAGCAAAGAUGACAGUUUAAGUGGGGAGAUAUUCUUGAGGUUUUCCGACAUGAUUACGCAAAUGAAUUUUUUUUUUUUUUUUCAGAUCUACAUGUAAGACAUUUGCCUAACUUUUGUGGGGAGGCAAGUAGUUACACCAAGUGGCUAGUAUAACUAGACUGUGGAUUCACAAUGUCUUAAUUUUAGAGGUCCAUCUCCCUUCCUCACUGACAGAACCAGGCAUGGAGGAAAGACCAGAACUGUGUUCUGAAUUUUCAUGCCCAAAACUUGACUUGCCGUUUCCGCCAGUCUGAGAAAUAGAAAUGGUCGCCCUCUCAGUGCUGAGUCAAGCAGGGGUGCACAGAGGUAACUAAACUGUCCAGCUUCCCUUUUCACUUCUGGUUUGAUAGGGCACCUUGAGGUGCGUUGUCUAGUAUGCUUUUCCCUACAUGUCAAAUAUUUGAAGACAUCUGGUUCAAAUGUUUCUUCUGUUCAUGAAACUUGGUUUUAGCACACAGUCGCUUUCCCCCCUACUCUUGUGAUUAGGUGUAAACUUCUAUUUAGCCCAAGUCCUACAUCAGAAGGGCCUUUAUCCUAAUGUUUGCAACAUCUGCUUCCUUGUAGCAAAGACAUUUUUGAAAUGUAGUCUGGGCUGCUGGUGGAAGAGGGUGGGCAUUGUUUUGUCACUAGCUUGGCACUGAAUUGUUUGGGUGCCCACAAGAUGGGCAGGCCUUAGGCUUUUGGGGUUAAGUGCAGGCCUUGUACAAACUAAAAGCUGCUUAUGAUGUGCCUUCAAGCUGUGCCCAGUCCUGUCCAUCAACAAACUUCUUUCCAGUGAUUUGUCCUUAUGUUACAUAUAUAGCAAUGUGGAUUUAAUUCAACUUUUAGUUGAGGUCCCUUAAGGAAGGGAAAAAGCAGCAGUUACUGCCCCAAAUCCCCAAGUCACUUUUUGGUUUUGCAUUGUAUUUUCUACUUACGGAAUAUGCGUGAGACCAGUCAUCUUGGAUUCAUAGUUGGAACAAAACUACAGCCCUAACUGGGACACAGCAGCACUAGUCUAGGAGCUGCCCUUUUUCUCUGCAGUCUUGGUUCACUGCUUCCCUGGGUCAGAAGGGCUGACUGGGAGAGCUCUGGGCGAAUCAGAACCUUCAGGCAUGGUAAUAUACUGACUACCAUACUGACUACCUGCUCUGCUUAAUUAUGUUUAAGAAACCGAACUAAUCAGCAGUUGUAAAGCACCUGCUUUUAUUAUAUACGAGGCUCUGCCUUAAGACCUAGGGAAUACACCAUCAGAGAAAUGCUAAUUGUAUUCGAGUGUUACAAUGGCAGGCCUAGAUAAGCUGUUCACUUAAAUGGUACCUUUUGGUCAGAAAAAGAAUUUAUUUAAAGAUUGUGAUCAUGUAAAAUUACUCAAACCUUCUAGCAAAAAUAUUUUUUUGAAAAAUAAACUAAAUGCCUUUAUAAACUUG